AUGCAACGUACACCGCCAUCGGCUACUUUUAAAUGUGCAUCCAACCCCGAUAUUCCUAACUCAGCGCUUAAUAUCCGAGAUACUGAUUACUUUGUCGGCCUACGUAAGCGUAAACAACCCGAAUCGGAUAUAGCGAGCUCCGUAGUGGAGGUUGUCGAGCAAAAAAUAAAUGAACAGCUUGCAGCUUGGAAGAAUCGGCUGGACACAAACAUCGCUGAAACCAUAAGAAACGCUGUUGACGCGACACUUGAGCACGAAAUGAGUAAAUUAAUCUCGUCUAUUAGCAACUCACUGAAAGAUAUAACUACUAGACUGGAUGACAUAGAAAAAUCUAUCACCUACUCAGGUGAAAGACAAGAUAAUUUUGAGAGUCGAUUGAAGUUAUUUGAAGAAAAAGUUGUUGCGGGUAGCACCGUGAAUUCCCAAAUUGCCGCCUUAGAGAAUAAAAUUGAAUCAAUGGAGCAACAGGCAAGGCAAUAA